UUUUUUUUUCAAUUCUCAUAUGUUUGGUUACGUUUUUGUUUUCUCUCUCUCCGACGCGCAUGUGAAUUAGAACCUUGUGUGCAACAAUUUGUUACAACGGUCGUAGAACAAGAUAGAAAAAAAAAAAUCCAAACAAUAACAAUAACCGUGCAAUAAUUCUCGCAUUGAGAACGACAUCGUCGCACCAAGCUCGUCGUCAAAUGAAAUAUUAACCGCGCUCCAAAUUGUAUUAUUCAUACAUACUGCGUUGGAAAGUUAUCGUGUGCAUUUAGCACGUCGUCGGUUUAAAAGUUACUGCAGCAGUUAGCUGGUACCAUACCCGAAUCGCGGAUGUUCCUCGAUUGACGUAUCCCCUGGUAGGGAUCAGUGUAUGUAUAAUAAACUGCUGUUUACUUGGCAUUGUUCGUCACCGUUUCGACCAUCUGACGACCGAAUUACCACGGUUUUGCAUACCGACAAUUAUCAACCGUUACCCGUCAAUCUUCUGGUGUACUGUUGAAUAAUUGGAAGAAAAGCUGCGGAAGAGAGAAAAAAAAAUAAAAAAUUCUUCGAUACACGAAAUAACCAAGGAAUAUUACAACAAGAGGGAAGGAUAAUCGAAUUGUGUUGUGAAUCAAAGAAACGCGGCAACACCUGUUAAAAUCAAUUUUAAAAACGUGUACAAAUACGAACUUCGUUUAUUAUAACCAAUCUCCUAAGACGUAUUGACGAUUGUUAGAAAAAAAAAAUAAAUAAAUAAAAUCAAAAAACAAUAAGAAUGUUCUGCAGCAUCGUUCAUCCUUGGAUUGGAAAACCAGUUUCGGUGGGUUUAACUAAUCGUACGUACGUGUCAGUUUGAGAAAAACGAAUCCGAAAAGGAACUAAAACUAAACGUAACCGCAAAUUUAACGAAACAAGCGGAGCGGAGUUUGAAAGGAGGAACAUUGUGAGAAUUGAAGAAACGCGAUAAGGAAGAAGCAAGAAAGAAAAAGUAAGGUAAAAAUUGUUGGACACUCGAAAUCGGGCCAAAGUCCAUACUCCACGCACCCGCGUGCCGUCCCGUAGUCGUAAACGAUGCAGUAACCCGUCCGAUUAUGCGAUGGUCUAACGUGAAUGCAUGUUGUACUCUGCACGGUCGUUUCGUAGGUGUGAUAAAAGACUAUACGAUAUCGUUGCUGAUCGAAAGAAUAUAUUAUCAAGGUAACCAAGUACAGGAGUAAAGGGAGAAACGAUAAACGAUAAAAAAUUUUUUUUAAUUUUAAUAAAAAUUGUGCAUCAUCGAGGUGAAGGAGGAACUGUGGGAACAUUUAAAAUGACGAGGUUACUGGUCCUGUGUUUGGUGCUGCUUGGGGCAUUGGACGGCAUAAGUCUAAGCCGAAACGCGGUCAGGAAGACGACACUGGUUGCGCAGGCGGCAGGGGGUAGCUGCAACGCGUGUCGGAUGCACGAGGAUCUGCGUGCGCUGAGUCUGCAGGCGAUAAAGGAGCAGAUACUCUCGAAGCUGGGGUUGAAGCAGGCGCCGAACAUGACCGGGCGCCCCUUGCCGAAGAUACCGCCAAUAUCGAGGCUGAUGGACCUUUACGGCAUACAGUCGGACCAGCCGGUGGACCAGGUUGAGCCCGGGCUUACGAGGCACGAGGAGGUCGACGAGUACGCGGCGAAGACCGAGAACGUCAUCGCCCUGGCUCAACCCCAUCCGCGGCUGCGACACGCCAAGGGGAACCUGGACGUCCUGUACUUCAAAUUCUCGGACAAGAUAGUCCAGCACCGAGUUCGGGAAGCCAAGCUCUCGCUUUGGGUCUGGGGCAGCGACCACGAGAGUCCCGAUCGCGAGGUAAUCAGGUCCGGGUUCCAGCAGGAGAACGCGAGGGGUCCGGUCACCGUCACGCUCCAGAGGAUCCUGAAGGGGAGCUCGGAAAACGGGGGGCCGCUUCUGGGCCCGCAGUUGACGACAAAGCACCCGCGACCCGAGAGGAACGGCGACUGGAUAGUCAUAGACGUUAAGAGGAUGGUGGCCCUGUGGUUCAAACACCCCCGCGACAACCUCGGGGUGGCGAUAAAGCUCCAGGCCGGUUCGACCGGGCACAGAAGGGCCGCCAACUCCAAGCUGAUCGAGCUCGAUCCGGACGCCGAACACACGCCUUACCUCGAUGUAGAGAUCGAGGACCUCGACUCGAGGCGGAGCGGCAGGAUCAAGAGGACCGUUGGACUAAACUGCGACGAGGCGAGUCAGGAGUCGCGUUGCUGCCGCUACAAGCUUACCGUCGAUUUCGAGAAGUUUGGGUGGGACUGGAUCAUCGCGCCUAAAAGAUACGAUGCCAACUAUUGUUCCGGCGAUUGUCCGUUGGCAUUUUUGACGGAAUACCCAAACACGCACAUAGUGAGCUUGGCCGAGCCACCGCACAACUCCGGACCAUGUUGCACAGCGCGUAGAAUGUCGCAAAUCUCGAUGCUAUACUUCGACAGCGAGUACCAAAUAGUGUUCACUAAAAUACCGGGGAUGGUCGUCGAACGUUGUGGAUGUUCCUAGUCAAUUUCUACCGAAUCGAUGCAUCCGAAUUGUGCGAAUAAUAAUAUAUGUAGGUAAAAAGAAGAAGAAGAAGAAGAUGCAAAACAUGAAAAACAGUAGAAACGGAGAAUUAAUCAUUGAGGGGACCGGCAGUCCGAAGGGAAAGGAUUCCACUGCAGGGGUAAAGGUCACGUUUUACCGAAUCCCAUGGAUUGGUAUACCUGGUAGAUGAUCUUUCUCGAGGCCUGAACGUCGCGACCUUAUGCAGUGCAACUCUACGAAAAUAUUAACGUGGCUGAUGCCUUUAUAUUACGGUUUACAAUCUGUAAACGACUCACGUUGGAAUACUCGAACUACGGGUGUUUCCGCUGAAUUGAAGUGUCUGUCUAACAACGCUAUACGUGUGUACUUUUUGCGAGUAAAACAUUAAUAUUAAAAAUCAUUGGACAUCAUAAUUUACGAAGGUGAAUGACGCGAAUGAAACGCUUAAUUUAAGACUCUUUAUAAUGCAAUAAGUAGGUAUAGCAUGUAUAGAUGUUAUGACGAGAUAUCAAUUCAACUCAACUAAAACUGAAAUAAACAAAUAUAUACAUACGUACAUACAUACAUACGUACAGUAUAUAUAUAUAUAUAUAUAUAUAUAUAUAUACAUGUGCAUAUGUACGUGUGUAUAUAGGUUAUACAAAUAAAUUUUUUGUACAAGCAGAUCUAUCGAUAGUUUUAACAUAUUACUAUACAUACCAUAAUGGCAUAAUAUGUAUACAAUAAUGAUAUUAUUACACAUGUAUGUACCUAUAUAGACGAUGCACUCGUACCUACUCGCCCAUAUAAAUACGUAUACUAUACUAUAUAUAUACACCUAUACAUAUAGAAAGUAUAUAUAAAGUUCGGGCAACUAAUGGUGAAUAUUAAGUUCCUAUUAUAGCGUCCCGAUGUUAUUAAAAAAAAAAAAAAAAUAAUAAUUACACCAGAGUUUCGUUCAACUCUGAAGAGGAAUAUUUUUCUCUUUUCCUCUUUCCUUUUUUUUUCACGACACUGACAGACGAUUCACGCGCAAAAAUUAUGUACACUCGAUUUUACAAUCAUAUACACAUACCUAUAUAUAUAUACACUAAAACCCUCGACAAUUUUGUUAUUCGUUGAUUUCAAUCAAUUAUUUUCAUUGAAGCCCAUUUUCAUUAUAUAUCGCCAUGUAGAUUCGUUGUCAACGUUUUUAGGGACAAAUCAUUACACAGACUUAUCACACACGCCACACAAAUUCAUUAAUUUUCUAAUGAAAAUUCUAAAGCUUUCGGUAAAAAAAUUUUGAAAGAGAAAGCCGGAAUGAAGAUCAAAUCGCAAGCCUAAUCGUAAAAUUUUAUAUUAUUUAUUCAUGAAGGAAAUCGAUUUCAUUGGGAUGAAUUUUUUUUCCCGAGAUUCAUCGUUCUUAGAUUGGGAAGCAUCACCCAAGAAAUUUAUUACAUACCUAUGUACAGAUUUGGAGAAAUAUGGAAAAGAGUAAGGCAAAAAAAAAAAAAAGAAAUCAAACCCGGCAAUAAUAAUA